AUGUCGACGUCGCAGUUCGAGCGGCGGGCCUCGACGUCGCCGUCGCCAGCAACCUUCAAGUUCCCAGAUCUGUCGGACGACACGCUACAGACGACACAGGAGCCCAUUGACCCAAACCCGGCGUCGCCCAUGCCGCAACCACUUGGACUGCCACCCCACCUGCACAGCCAUGAACGUUGGCAGGCACGGAGAGGCUCGCACGGUAUGAACGGAUGGACACCGAACAGCAGCGGAGCAGUAGGCAGGCACGGAAGACAAAAGAGCUUGAGCGAGGCGAUCCGGACGGUGCGAGGGAGGAGGGCCAGCGUCAGCCAGAAUGCCCACGAGAUAGCAGAUGCUCUCAAGGCCCCCGUGUCAGCGCGCCUCAUUGUACGUUACAGCUCGAAUACAACCGCAUAUGCGUGCUUACUCUUUGGCCAAAGUNUCCUCUGUGCCAUUUGGUACACAACCUCCAUCAUGUCCAAUACCUCGUCCAAGGCCAUCCUGACCGCCUUGCCCAAGCCUGUGACCUUGACCCUGAUUCAAUUCAUGUUCGUAUGCUCGUGGUGUCUAUUGCUAUCCUGGGCUGCCCGCAUUCAUGCUCCCCUCCGGAACUCAAUGCCCGUACUACGCAAUGGUAUUCGCAAGCCUUCACGCGAACUCAUCAUGACUACCCUUCCCUUGACUGCUUUUCAAAUUGGCGGUCAUAUCCUCAGCUCCGACGCUAUGAGUCGCAUCCCAGUCUCGCUGGUUCACACUAUCAAGGGCUUGUCACCUCUACUCACAGUCCUCGCCUACCGCUUCGUCUUCGACGUUCGAUAUUCUUAUGCCACCUACAUGUCGCUUGUGCCCCUCACGCUAGGUGUCGUCAUGGCCUGCUCCGCUAGCUUCAAAGCAAACUUCCUGGGCCUCGUUUAUGCAUUCGGCAGUGCACUUUUGUUCGUUACUCAGAACAUCGUAUCCAAGAAGCUGUUCAACGAGGCUGCCAAAGCCGAGGCCGAUGGAAUCAACGUACGCAACAAGAAGCCCGACAAGCUCAACCUGCUGUGCUAUUCUUCUGGCCUCGCGUUCAUCUUUACUUUGCCCAUCUGGCUGUGGUCAGAGGGUUUCUCCAUGAUCGCCGACUUCCUGGCCGAUGCCUCUAUCGAGUUGUCUGAACGCCCUGGCUCCCUCGACCACGCUCGUCUCGGCCUUGAAUUCAUCUUCAACGGCUCUUUCCACUUUGGCCAGAAUCUUGUUGCGUUUGUCUUGCUGGGUCUUGUCUCUCCAGUCACAUACAGUGUAGCCAGCUUGUUUAAGCGAGUCUUCGUCAUUGUCUUUGCAAUCAUCUGGUUCGGCAACCCAAUGACCAAGAUUCAAGGCUUCGGUAUCGGUCUUACUAUUCUUGGCCUUUACCUCUACGAUCGCACCAGCGAUGCUGCAAAAGCAGACAAGCGCGCUCGCGCGUUGCAAGAAGGCAAAGACACACUACUCCCUCUAGUCGGUGGCGACAACAAGAAGUCAGAUGCAACUCCUUACUCGCAGUCACCCGCUAAUUAUGCGCUUCCUUCCCAUGGAGGCUAUGGCUUGCCGAAUGGAGCUGAACACAGCAUGCGCGCCAGGUCAUCGAGUAAUGCUUCGCCUGGCUCGUGGCUGCCUCCAGGCACAAGAGCCGAAGAGACGUGGAAUUCAGAAGAUCGCUUCGGCGCGAAACAGAGUAUGGGUGUCAGAUAG